GAAGAGCGUUAAGUAAACAGCGUCCUUCACAGUGAAUAGCGAGACACCGGCGCGCACGCACGUCUUGUAACAACCGCGCGUGACGCACCGCGAACCGUGAUUCGAAUUACGAAACAGACAAUAAUCAAAUUAUCAGUGAGAAUGUUGCCAGUGGUACUGUUAUCGGUGUUCACAACAAGUUUAGCGUUCACGACGCAUCGGUACGAUGUUUACGAGAGCUAUGGAGAAUAUCUCCCCAUCGCUCCCCUCACGGACAGUAUUUAUUCGACCGGGAACAGCAAUGGACGGCGACCUGUGCAAACUUACGUAUUACCGAGGAAAUCUGACGGUGUUGUGUCAAGUGAUGUGUUGAACCAAGGACCUGUAAUUAACGGCAAUGAGUGGCGUUGGACCGACGUGCAGUACAGUUAUCAGUUCCCAAACCAAAGGAAUUACAGACCGCUCCCAUUGAACAGAGUGGCCGUCACUCAACCAACGAAGAACUUCAUAUUUUUCCAAAAUUCCGAUCAAAAUAGAAAAUAUGAUACAGGUACUGUAAGUCGGCCAGUGUCGAAGAACGAUGAAGCUGUCAAUAAAAUUAAUGAAACUAAUAAAUCAAAUAAAACAGAAGGGAAUGGGCAUGUUUCAGACAUUAGCACACAAUCGCAUGACGUCAACCGUACAUUUGUCAUUAAUGAACAAAUUACCUGGAAUUAUGACCAGCACGGUUUUAACCAAGACAAUGCUAAUGUUACUACUAGAAGCAUCGACUCUAACAGUAAUUUCAACUAUUUAACUCCAAAACAAGGUGCUGAUAAGAUUUAUCUCCCAACGAAAACAAACAACACAUCCGUUUAUAAUAACAAAACAAACCAAAUUGAUGUAAACACGAAUUAUAGCAGUGACAAUAACAAGGUUAGGAGCGAACCCAAUGCCACUGUGGAUCGUUUUAAUAAUGAAACCAACGAGCCUAGAUACGGAACCAAAACUACACAAGACAACGAAGUCACUCCUAAAAUAGAAGUGAAACCAGAAAAGGCUGUGGAUGACGACAGAUGGGUUUGGGGGAAUGCUGAUGACAAGAUUGUGGAGACCACGACCCUGGUUAACCUUGAUGAUAGAGCUGCUUUUACAGGUAACGCCUGUCCUCAAGGGAAGGUCAAGGUUGGAGACAGAUGCGUCACCCGUGACUCGUGAAGACCUGUAAUUGAUAUGUGACUUUAAGUUCAGUGAUAUGGCAAAGGGAGAUAGAUCAGUUCUGCUGACUCCUGUGGACAGAUAGAUUGAAGGUGUCUGAGUUGAAAUGUUUUCGCAGUAUUAUGAAAGUGCUCGGAAUAGCAAUUGUGUGAGGUCAUUGUGCCGAGACAGAUUUUAGUGGAAAUAUAAGAGUUUAGAUAUUUACUAAAUCAAAUUCUCGGAAGUGUGUAGAUAAAGAAUGUUAUAGUAGUGGUUCGUUGGAUUCUUUAGAUAAAUUGUGAUUGUAUAGUUCCUAAAUAAUAAGAAGCUAAAAUUAAACAUUGGUUCUAGAAUUCUUAGGUAACAAACGCUUAAUAUUUAUAAGGCGACCCAAAAUGAGUACAAAAACACAAUAACUAUUAAAACCCUGUAUAUUUUAAGCCGUGUUUACAAUCAUUUAUACAAGUCCUCGUGUUUAUAAGUUGUAUCACCAUAAUUAACAUAUUAAACGAUAUAAAAUAUGUAUUUGUGGUAGCGUUUGGGUUUUUGUAUAAUAAAAGUUGUUUUCGUCAAUGUCAUAUGUUUGUGACUGAUAUUGACGUUGAUCCACUAACGAAGUGCCGUGCUAUGACAUCAUACAGGCUUUCAAUGUGAAAGAUCGUUGCCUAACUUUUAACUUCUAAUUUAAUUUUCUCUCUAAUGCACUAUGAUAACUUUUAAUAUUCAAGAUAAUGUUCUAUUAAUGUAAAAAAAUAUAUCUGUUAUCAAAAGUGGUCAACAUUAGCUUAUUUGUGUCAAGUUAUCAAGCUAAAACCAAAAUUGUAAAGAUUUCAGUUUGAUAAGGCAGUUAUUAUUACCUAAACAAACAAGUUUAUGCAAGGAAGAAUACCUAUGUAUGUAAAAUAGUAUGCAAUGUUGUAUUGUACAAAUAAUAAAUACUUUGACUUUAAAUUCAACGUUUCCAAGAUCUUUAAUGAGAAAUCAGUAUAAUUAGCUUCGUAGUUUAUUAUCAUUGUAAAAUCGAAUCACAUUCAGAAUGUUUGUUUGUAUUUAUCGUAAUUGGUUGUUUUAAUUAAGUUGUAUUAAUGGGGAUCCACAAAUAUGAAUUUUCAAUUGGAAUAUGACUGUUAAUGGUUGUUAACAUUGUUCAAGCUUUAAAUAUGAUUUUAAGUACUUUUAAGUUUCGAAUUGGAAUAAAGAAAAUAAAAUUCCUAAAUUAAG